AUGCCGACAGGGUAUUCUAUCCUCGACAACCGACCUCUUGAUCAUUGGAAAGUGACUGAGCUGAAGGAGGAACUUCGGAGAAGGAAACUUACCACAAAGGGUUUGAAGGAGGACCUAGUCAAACGGUUGGAUGAAGCAGUUCGAAAUGAGAGGGCGCUGCUCAGGGGACAGGAACUGGUCAGCCAUUUUGAUCUUCAGCCCAAGCCACAGGAUAACCACGGAGUGCUGGAUCCCCACCCAGUAGAGAACGUUCAAAUAGAAAAGAAUACAGUUGAGACUGUUUUACAUUUUGGUAGUAACAGAUCUGAAAAUCAGGUGGUCAUGGUUGACAUCAACGCUGACAUUCAGGAUUCUGAUUUUGGAAUGGAAUUCCAUCACGAGAAGCCUGUGGGAACUGUUGAUUUGGAUGAAAAAACUGAAGAGAAAGUGGCUUGUGGAACUGAAACAGCAGAUAGCAUCACCGAAAAGGAACUUAAUGUCAGUAAAUCAGAAGCAAACGGUGCAGAUUACAGGGACGAGACAGAGAACAUGUAUUCAGAAACUUCCGUUAAAGACGCCAAACUUGACACGGCUGUGCAAGAAAACCAGGUAUCCGAGGUCAGCCUUGACUUAGGACUUCAAGUAAAGUGUGACUCAAUUUCUACUGAUUCUGUAUCAUUAAAUGAAAAGAUUGUACUAAAGGAUGAUUUGAAUGCUAAUAAUUUCCAUUUAGAAGAAGAACUUGUUAAGACAGAAGUGGUGCAAUCAUCUUCCAGCCAUGUUGCUCCCGUUGGUGGUGACUUGCAGCCAUUGAAUGUUGAUCAAGAGCCAGAUGAUAACAAGGUGUCUUUUGAAGAAGAAGAUGAUAUUACAGACACCACAAAUGAGGACCAUAGCAAGAAAAUUGGUGGUUCUCCUGAAAAAUUAAACUUAGACAGGAGUUCCGGUGAUGAGUCGAUGGAGGAGGAUGUUUUGGAUACUAAACAGAUCGAGGCCAAUAAUAAUUCUGAUGAAGUUGGUGAUGUGCAAGAGGUUCGGGAUCUUCAUGUCGUGAAAGAGGAGACUCCAGCUGAUGCUGUGCCAGGUGGAUUCUCUCCUGAUAAGAAAGAUGUUGUUUCUGAGGGAGAAAUGAGGCCUGUGGUUUCAACAGAGAAAAGAAAACUAGAAGGUAAUGUUCUUUGGUAGUCGCACUAUGAAUGUUACUCAUAUCCUUUAAGUCAUAUUGUGUUUAGGUUUUCCCUUGGAACAUGGAAUUUCAAAUUUACCUGUCAAACAUAACCUGAUCGAUCGUUUUGCUAGUAUAUCAUGCCCUUAUAUAUUUGUAAUGCCCUUUGUAGGAUUACUUUCCUAUAAGUUCUCUCAUUAUCUUGGCUUACACUUCCAGAAGAUUCUAAGUUUUUGGUAUGUUAGGAAAAAAAUCUGCUCAUAACCUAACACUUCUUAUGGCCAUUCCAUUUUAGCCUACGGCUUCUUAUUCGUACUAGAUGGCAUAGCAGUAUCAAACUCAUGUAUUUUUUUAAUAUGUUAAAAUGCUGACUCGUAAACCUUGCUUAGUUUUCAUCUGUUCGUGAAUCUUUGUAUGUGGUAAACUCAAAAAACAAAACAAAGUAGAUGUGGUAUGAGCACUUGACAACACAGAGUAAAAGUAUUACUGUAGAAGGAAUUAUCUAGAAAAAUCUGUGUAGAGACAAGAUAUGAAGUUCAUCUUGUGAAACCUACAAAAAAAAUAGAAAUUGUCUUGAUUUUGAAGGUAACCUUGCUUCUUCUGUCCACCAGUUGCCCCUUUCUCCAUUUGAAGGAAAUGUCUUGAUUUUGGCUGAUUUUCUGAGAGUUUGAUACGGGAAUCGGAUAAGAAAUGGUUAUCAGAAAAUUUUGGAGUCUUUCAAAUGUCAGUCUUGAGGGGGAGACUUUGGCUGCGAGAUUCCAGCAUGCGUUUGACAUAUUUAUUGACACUAAAAUAGACUUACUAGUUAUGGGCGGCAAACAGAUGGCACCGUGUAUCUUACUGAGGUUUCGCUCUGUCUUCCCCUUAGACUGUAAAAGGGCCUUUCUUAGGGUCAUCAUAUUAAUUUCAGUUCGACAAUUGGUGAUAGGGCAUUGGUGCCCCAAGUGCGGAUGCCUGUAUUCAAUCUCUCAUGUGGUUUAUCUAAAAUUUCUUAGCAAUUUCUAUUUUAUCCUAUAACUUGGAUGACAAUCACUAUCUAGAUUUCCUUCUAUCGGAAAUCAUCCAGUCAACCAUCUCACAUAUUCAUAUCAAGAAACUACAAUUACUUGUGUUUAGAAUCCUGCAUUAGAUUCAUUAGAGUAAAAGGUACCGUUUUUGUAAGUAGGAACAUGGUUUUUGAAAGAAAGAUUGUUGUGGAUGGACCUAGUCCAUUCACGGCCUUGCUUUAAAGUGAACCGUUCUUAUCUGCAAGGGGAUUUGCAUGGGAACUAAGGAUGAAUGAUUUUCUGUGGGAACUUGUGAUCUUCUUUAUGGCAACAGCUAAACGGAAUGUUUCAACACAAUGGCAGUGUUGUUGAAAAAAUUUCUGGUUGAUUUUCAUCCUUCCAUGGUUGAUUAUCGAUCAUUAUGUAGAACAUGUUUGGAACAGAAAAAAAAUUAACAUUGAUGUACGAUUUUUCCACCAAAUAUUAGAAACUUUAUCGUGCCUAGAUGUCAGGGUCACAGGCAACUACGACAUCAAUUAUUUUUCUUUACUCGCGCAUUUUUCUUUGAUUUUGUUUGUUUAAUGAAAGAGCUAGAGCUGACAACAUUUCUUGAAGACUGUUGUCGUCAUAAUUAGAGUUUGUCCACAGAAAUGAUCACAUAUUUCGCAUAGAAGGAAACGUCUGGAUGUUCGUUGAGGAAAAAUCUAAUAUUCAUUGGUCAGGGUGUUUGCUUUGUGAAUCAGAUUUGUAGUUUCUUGCUCUGGAAGUUCGUGAAUAACCAAACUUGGAUGAGAAAUGGAUAAUACGUUCGUUGCCAAGGAUUGCUUGUGUAGUUUUUUUUCUCUGUUUUAGGUCGUUAGACAUCACAUUGCUGAGCUUGAGACUGUGACUUCUGGGCAUUUUCUUUUAUCAUCAACAAUCCCCGGGCCCUCAGACGUUCUUGCACGUCAAGAUAUUUUUCUGCCAUUAUUUCGAACAUCUCGAGCUUGUUCUACUGAACUCUGUUACAUGUUGUAUCUUGAUCUCUGCUAUGAAAGGCUUUUUGAUCUGUUGUUCGUCAAUAAUAUAUGCGUCUCUGCAAUGAAGGGCUUAUUUUUUUGUAUAAAAAUCACCUGAGUCAAGAUAUUAACUCGGUGUGCAAUAAUAAUAAUAAGCUCUCCUGUCUUUCGACUGUUUUGCACAGACCAAGGCUCUCUCGGCACCGCCGAGCCCAUCAAGAGGCAGCGCCGCUGGAACUCAGAAUCCAUAAAGAUCCCCGAACCGCAACCUUCUAACCAGACCUCUGUGGCUACUACUCCCAAGGAGGCACUUCAGCCGACACCUAGACGUGCGUUGAACAGGACCAUCUCAGGGCUUGAUGGAGAUUCUCCAAGGGAACGUGUUGGUGGGUUCCUGCCUUCUUCCCACUUUGAUUUGAUAUCCGAGUUUUAACCCUAGUGUUGCUGUUCUAAUACCCUUUUUUUCCUCUCUCUCUCUCUCUCCUUUGGCAGUGCCGCCAUCGCAGAAGACGGCGACGAAUUCCCUUAGGAUCGACCGUUUUCUGCGCCCUUUUACCCUGAAGGCUGUUCAGGAGUUGCUGGCGAAGACGGGGACGGUGUCCAGCUUCUGGAUGGACCACAUCAAGACUCACUGCUAUGUCACUGUAUGCUCUUUUAUCCUCGCCAUUGCCUUUAUUUAUGGAUGAUACCUGCCCGUUGUUUGCUUCUCAUCUGUGUCUGCAACGCUUUGGAUCGCUGGAACAUUGGUGGAAGAUUGCUUCUCGGUCUGGUGAAUGGAGUGUAUUAUUUAUUAUAUAUGUUAGUUCCUCAUGGGAAGUUAUCAGAUCAGUUGAGGAGUGGAGUCUGCUGCCCAUCUUGGGUAGUGUUCGUUGGCAGCUUCCUUGAUUCAGAAAAAAAAUAUAGCAUUUAUCGCUUCUUUGAUUGAUCCAGGGCAUCUACUUUUUUUUUUGGGAGGGGGGGGGGGGUUGGUCAACGGGGGGGCUGUUCUCCUGUUCUUCUUUGUUUUAUUGUCAGCUCAUCCGGCAACAUUCUGCGAUUGAUUCUCUGCAGUACUCAUCAGUGGAGGAGGCUGUGGCUACAAGAAAUGCCGUCUACAAUCUCCAGUGGCCGCCCAACGGGGGCCGUCUUCUCGUCGCCGAUUUCGUUGACCCUCAGGAAGUCAAAUCCCACGUGGAAGCACCCCAGUCGCCGGCUCCCACAACCCCGGGUGCUGCCGCCACCGCCGUGCCGUCACCCAUGGCCGUGGAGCGUCCUCCUGCGCUGCCCCUCCCCAACAGGCAGCAGCAGGCUCCGGCGGUGUCUCCAGUCAACCCUCCCCCGCCACCGGAAGCUUCGCAGACGCCGCCGGCGAGGGAGCAGCUCCCCCCUCCGCCACCACUCUCGCAGAAGAAGCAGCAAGAUCAGCCUAUCCUCACCCUCGACGACCUCUUCAAGAAGACGCGGGCCUCGCCGCGUAUCUACUACCUGCCUCUCUCCGAGGAGCAGGUCGCCGCCAAGGUGGCCGCUUCUCAGGGGAGAAGCACCGGGGCCCUUGUGUGA